AAAUUGUUGUGGAAAAUGGAGUCAGAAAUUAAAAACUUUUACAAAAAUAAGAAUAUUUUCUUAACCGGUGCCAGUGGUUUUUUGGGUAGAAUGAUUGUUGAGAAGCUGCUACGUUCCACAGAGGUGAAUCGCAUCUAUGUAUUGCUUCGACCCAAACGUGGCAAGGAGAUUCAGGAGCGUAUUUGCGAAUGGAAAACAGACCCAGUGUUCGCCUUGCUGCUCAACUCUAAGCCCAAUGCAAUGGAGCGCAUUGUGGCCAUAGCGGGUGACUGUCAGUUUGCUGAUCUCGGCAUUAGUGCAUCGGAUUGCGAGUUGCUGAAGCGACACGUGGAGCUGGUUAUUCACAGCGCAGCCACGCUUAGUUUCGAAAAUCCACUUCACCUGGCGCUGGAUAUCAACACUCGUGCCACUCGCUACAUGGUGCAGUUGGCCAAGGAGAUGCCCCAUUUGGUGGCCUUCGUGUACGUAUCGACAGCCGUCUCCAAUUGCGUUAUUCAGCACAUUACGGAACGUUUUUAUCCGGAACAUUUGAACUGUAGCGCCGAUAAGGUGCUGGCGCUCAGGGAAAUGCUGGAUGCAAAGCUGUUUAAUAGCUUCGCGCCCGGACUGGUGGACAAGUUUCCCAACACAUAUACAUAUACAAAGGCGCUGGCGGAGCAAGUGGUGCAGACGGAGGCCGACGAUUUGCCGAUCUGCAUCUUUCGUCCCGGAGCAAUUGUUGCGACCAACAAGGAGCCAGUCUCUGGCUGGAUUGAUAAUAUUUAUGGACCCAUUGUUAUUGUAUAUGGCAUUUUCCUCGGUAUUUUGCGAAUCGUACGCGUGAAUCUGAAGGCUAACUGCUAUAUUGUGCCCGUGGAUGGUUGCGCCAAUUUGAUCCUGGCCAGUGCCUGGCGUACAGCAACUGAGAGGAGGCAGAAAUUUCGAGUCAAGUCUGCUCCAAUCAUCUACAACUAUGUGCCAAGCAAUGAGAAUAUGAUGUUUAAUGGCGAUCUGAAGCGUUUCACGGAGGAAAAGUAUGAUGUUUAUCCCUCAACCAAGGCGAUCUGGCAUCCGAUUGCGCACACCACCCAGAUUUGGUGGGUAUACAAACUAGCGACGAUCUUCUAUCAUCUGCUACCCGGUUAUGCCAUAGAUCUGGUAUUGCGCAUGCAGGGUCAGAAACCGAAGAUGAUCCGAAUCUACGAUAAGAUACACAAGAAUAUGGAUAUGUUCAAGAACUUCAUGAUAAAGAGCUGGAGCUUCGAAACACUCAACACGGAUAGACUAUGGGCGAGCAUGUCAGCAGCCGAUCAACAGCUCUUUGAAUUCGAUGUGAAAUCCCUCGAUUGGAGCAGCUACUUUGAUCGCUUGUUGUACGGCAUACGAAUCUAUCUGAGCAAGGAGGAGCCGACCGAGGAGUCCUUCGAGCGUGGUCGCAGGAAAGCAAGGCGCUUUCUCGUACUUCAUCGGCUGUUGCAGUUCCUCCUCUGUUGCCUGGCCUUCUUUCUUGUGAGGUGGAUUUUAAAUCUUUUCUUAUGAUAAUACAGUUUAGCAAGGAUUUAUACAUACCAGAUAAAUAGAUCUUGUGGGAUAUUAUUUAAGAAUCAUAUCACAGACACAACACAUCCACUUAGCUUCCAUCUUAGC